CCGUUACUGCAUAACAUCAAACCAUAUCAUUAUACACAAUCGUAGGAUCUCUCCUCUCUCUUGCUCUCUCCAUAUUCUGAGAUUGCUAUAUAUAAGUAUUUCUUUUGCAGACUUCCUAUGAAGCAAACAAAUGCUUAUAUGGAGAGGCAAAUUAUGAACAAGAGAAAACGAGUUUUUUCUGUCCAAGAAAAGAAGAACCCGAAGGCAGUCUUUGCGAAAAGAUACGCGAGUCAAUUGGUUCCAGCUCUCAAGAAGAUCAACAUGAACAAACCCUCUUCGCAAAUCAACAGCAAAAGUUUCGAGCAAACCGUGAAACAUGAAGUAGACAUGGCUUUGGCUUUGUCUGCUCAAGAAUUCGCGUGGAGCCGUUUCUUGCAACACAAGCUAUUAUCUUCCCCUCAUGAAGAUCCUAGUUACUCUUCCAAGAUUCUAGAAACAUCUAGCUGUAAACAAGACGGCAAAGAAGGAUCAGAGAUAAAGAAGAAACUGAAGGAAUUGCAAAAGCUUGUCCCAGGAGGAGAAGAGAUGAAUAUGGAGGAGAUAUUGAGUGAGGUCGGAAGCUACAUUGUAUGUCUUGAGUUGCAGAUGAUUGUUCUAAAAUCACUUGUUCAAGAUAACAUUUCUUGAUUAUUAUAUAAUUAAAUGUUUCAUAUGCAUUGUCCUUUACGUUAAACAAAGAAAGUUAGAUAAUA